AUGGCGUCCUCGCAGCUACCCCUUGAGACACUAUCGACCUGGGCCAUGUUCAAUGACGUAGACCUUGUCGACGUCGAGGCCCGCGAAAUCCCCGGCUGCGGGCUGGGUCUGCUUUCGAACAAAGAUCUCAGUCGAGAGGAAGAGACUUUUGACAUCCCGGCCCUUUUAAGGAUCCCCCGCGAGCUGGUUCUAUCCGCGGAAGCUGUUGAGAAUUAUGCAAAGGUCGACAAGAACUUUCGGCAGCUUCUCGAGGCCGUCGGUCACAAGGUGCUAUCUGAUAGGCCAAAGACGUCGUUGAAGGGCGGAGUCUCGACUCCAUGGACGGAAUACGUCAAAUACCUGCCGCCUCAAGUUCCUGUUACGACACUCUGGACCGAGCAAGAGCUAAUGUCCGGGACUGUCGUUGGUCAGUCGGCCACGGCCGCCAAGAUUGUCGCGUUGACAGACGAGUUCGACGAGGUGCGCGAAAUCUCUUCUACGCUGCCAUUUUGGAACGAGCUGUUUUGGGAAAGCGAUAAGGUAUCACUCAUUGACUGGGUUCGGGUCGACGCAUGGUUUCGGUCCCGAUGCCUGGAGCUCCCCAGAUCAGGGGAAGCCAUGGUCCCGGUGCUGGACUUGGCAAACCACUCAUCCGAAGCAAAUGCUUAUUACGAAGAAAAUGGCAAGGACGAGGUAGUACUGCUGCUGCGACCCGGCUGCAGGGUCUCGUCUGGGGACGAGAUGACGAUAUCCUAUGGGGACGCCAAAUCCGGGGCAGAGAUGCUCUUCAGCUAUGGGUUCAUCGACCCCGCGUCAACCGCCGACCGAAUCACGCUCCCCUUGAUACCCAUGGAGGACGACCCGCUCGGCAAGGCAAAGCUGCACGUCUUUGAAGGAGCACCGACUGUGGAGUUUGUCCGGACGAAUGGCUCCAUCAGCUGGAAGAGCCCCUUUGCCUACUUCAUGUGCCUCAAUGAGGAAGACGGCCUGUCUUUUCGCGUUUUGCAGGACACCGGGGGUUCACGGGAGCUAAAACUAUUCUGGCAAGAAGACGAUGUAACCACGACGACAACGGCUUUCGAGCAACACAUUGAUGGACACCCCCUGGCCCAAAUCUUUCGUCUUCGGGUGGUUGCCGUUGUGGAGGAUCUGGUGGCCAGUCAGCUCGAGCGACUGGCCUCGGGCAUGUCUUUAGAAGACCUGGACGAGUCUCUGAACGAAGGGGGCCUCGUUUGUGGGACAUGCAUCAGUGCAGCUGCAACGCUGAGGGAACAGGAGACGAGCUUAUUAGAAGCUGCCGUGAAGGCUCUGGGAGACCAGAAAACGCAACUGCUCGCAGACGAAAACGUGGCGGCUUAUCUCGGGUCGAUGGAAGAUGCCCAAAACGACCUAGACCAGGACGAGAUGACCAAUGAGGAUGAAGACUUUAGUUGA